AUGGCGCACUCAGCGAUUCGACGCUUUCGUCUCCUCAGACCAACUUCUGUCUUUCAAUUAUUCACCCUUACCCACUUCAGCACAACAACUUCUCGUUGCAUACUCAUAGAUGCGACUCCACCAGUCGGUCAUCGCUGUCGUCCUCCAUCCAAGACCACUGGAUUGGGUAAGGAGCGCAUCUUCGUACAGUACAGUGGUUGGAGUUCCCGAACAGUCUGCACCCUUUGA